CCUUAUAAACUUCAUCCCAUCUACUACUGUAGGUAGAAUCCAUAAAACGAAAAUUUCUUUUGACAGGCUCUUGGGAUAAAUAUUUUAUCCAACGACAAUUCCCGGCUGAGAAUGCCUCUGGGGAGUAAUUAAGGCGGCAUUCUAGACAAGAUACCAAUUUAUUUUAUUUGAGUCAUUAGAUUGUCCUCUCAGUUGUAAUCAUACUUACGUUCCGGUAGAAUUGUAUGCAUUGUGUGUGCUAGUUGAGGUGAUUUUCAUUAUUUGUGCAUUGGGAGGAUGCAUUUGACACUGGCAAUGAGAGUUUCAAGUGCCGGGGUUGGAGGGAGAAGAGUUUUGUGCCUCCCUACUUGCCCUUCCGUUUUCCCUUCCUCUUAUCUUGUCUCCACCAAAAAUGGACACCUUUCACUUAAAGCAGCAGCAGGCACUAGGAGCAGGCGUGUGCUUGGUAAAAGCACCUUCACUUUGAGUAGAGCGCAAAACAAAGAAGCACUUGCUCCUGCGGAGGACGAUGAUGAAGAUGAGGAUGCGGAUGAGUAUGAGUAUGAAGAUGAGGAUGAAUAUGAGUAUGAGGACGAAUAUGAGGAUGAUAGAGAAACAGGGCAAUGGAAGGCUAAUCAGCCUACUGGCUUUGGCCAUGGAAAAACAUAUGAUACUUCACUUGAGGAUAAACUACUUACAGAAGUUGAACAGAGUCGCAAGGCGAAUAGCAAAUCAGACAAACAUGCUAGAAAAGUAAAUGACGAAAAACAGCCCAAGGAACCCAUAAGACACAAAGCGUUGGAGUCAAUACCAGCUGGAGUGAAUGUGCGAAUUGGGAAUCUGCCUAGGAAGAAGAAUAUUGCUAGGGAUCUACAAGCAUCUUUCAAAGGGUACCCAGGCCUUCUGCAUAUAAACCCUGUUGAGUUUGGAAACAAGAAGACAAGAGAACCCAUUUGCAAAGGUUUAGCUUUCCUAACAUUUAAGAAUGAGGAUGUGGGUAACAGGUAUGCAAAGGAUUUUGUGCCUCUCUUUUCUUUCCUUCAGAUAGAAAGUAGCAGAUACAACCUUGUUCCAUAGUGAUUGAAUCAUAUGACUAUAAAGUAACACUA